CCCGCCACCACGAUCGAGUGUCUGCGCAUCGCAACACACACCUAAUCUCGACGAGCAAGUGACGACCGAAUACCGACCACGCACCCAAGGGCAAACCUAUCCCACCUUACACAAAACAAACAAUCACUAAUCCCCCCCGCGAGAGCUCCGUCUCUCCCCCACACGCCGUCACCAUGGCGCUCGACAACUAUUAUCACAACAAGAUCGAGGCCAUGAAGCUCGAGAUCCUCAAGGGCCAAGCCGUCCUCCGCCGUCUCGAAGCGCAACGAAAUGACUACAACUCGCGUGUGCGCCUGCUCAGGGAAGAGCUCGGUCUGCUACAACAGCCCGGGUCCUAUGUGGGUGAGGUCGUCAAGGUUAUGAGCACAAAGAAGGUCCUCGUCAAGGUACACCCUGAGGGCAAAUAUGUUGUCGAUGUAUCCGACAAUGUCGACAUCACCAAGCUCACUGUCGGCAAGCGCGUCACCCUUCUCUCAGACUCGUACAAGCUCGAAAAGAUGCUUCCCUCCUCAGUAGACCCGCUCGUGUCCCUCAUGAUGGUCGAAAAGGUGCCCGACAGUACUUACGACAUGAUUGGUGGUCUGGACCAGCAAAUCAAGGAGAUCAAGGAGGUGAUCGAGCUCGGCCUCAAGCACCCCGAGCUGUUCGAGUCGCUAGGUAUCGCCCAACCAAAGGGUGUCCUGCUCUACGGCCCUCCCGGUACCGGCAAGACACUGCUCGCCCGUGCUGUUGCCCACCACACCGACUGCAAGUUCAUCCGUGUCUCGGGUUCCGAGCUCGUGCAAAAGUACAUUGGCGAGGGUUCCCGCAUGGUGCGCGAGCUGUUCGUCAUGGCGCGCGAGCACGCGCCCUCCAUCAUCUUUAUGGACGAGAUCGACUCCAUCGGCUCUUCGCGUGUCGAGGGUUCGUCUGGCGGUGACUCCGAAGUCCAGCGCACCAUGCUCGAGCUCCUCAACCAGCUUGACGGUUUCGAGCCCACCAAGAACAUCAAGGUCAUCAUGGCCACCAACCGUCUCGACAUUCUCGACCCCGCCCUCUUGCGCCCUGGCCGCAUCGACCGCAAGAUCGAGUUCCCCCCGCCGAGCGUCGAGGCCCGUGCCGACAUUCUGCGCAUUCACAGCCGCAAGAUGAACCUGACGCGCGGCAUCAACCUGACCAAGAUCGCCGAGAAGAUGAACGGGUGCUCGGGCGCCGAACUCAAGGGUGUCUGUACCGAGGCCGGCAUGUACGCCCUCCGCGAGAGGCGCGUGCAUGUCACACAGGAGGACUUUGAGCUGGCCACGGCCAAGAUUCUGAAUAAGCAUGAUGAUAAGGAGGUGUCGUUGGCCAAAUUGUGGCGUUAAGUUUGCCCGGGAAAGGGAAAAGUGAAGGAAGAGUGGUGGUUCAUGCGUGCAACGAUAUGAUACAGAAUACAAUAGUACUUUUAUGGGAAAAGUAACUGACU